UGUGAGUGUGUGUGUGUGUGUGUGUGUAUGUGUGCGUUCCCAGAUUUUAGCCCUCGAAGAGGUUCAGAAUGUCUGGCUACUGCCUUCUCCUAGGAGGAGGAGGAGGAGUCUGAGUUCAGCAUCCCUGUUAGAGUCCUUAAGGGCUGGGAUGGCUCCAGCAGGUUUUAGGUCUCCUUGAUAGGACUACUUCUCUGGUAGUGCAUUUAGGAAGUGCCCUCCUGUUGCCUGUUUGGACACCACCUCUUCAGUUCAGGGGAAGGGGAGAAGUCUCUUUACUGUAUCCCAGUUUGCACUUGAUCUUGCCCAGCACCCCUCUGAAGGCUCCCACUUGCAGAAGAGCCAUCUGUUGUUCCUGUGGAGAGUGGGAAGGGCCCCCCUAGACUGGCAGACCCACACCUCUGGCUGCACCUCCCCCACUGUCCAGUGCAGGCAAGGGCUGAACUUUGGGGCUGUGCUGGGAGGGGGUGGGAGAGGUGAUAAGCUUCAAAGGAAAAGCCAAGACAAUGACUGCUGCUUGCUAUUGGCUUUGGAGGGCCCCAUCUUAGUUUGGGAUUGCCAGCUUGCAUAGAGGAGGUGGAAGGGCAGGAGGGGAGCUCCUGCCAGGUGACUGGUAGGACAGCGCUUGGUCCUUUCUGCAGGAUGCCUUGUUUCCUGGCACUGACAAACUAGUUCUCUCCACAUGCCUUUUUUUUGCCAUCCAAGUGGGCAGGGAAGAGGGCAGGCAGGAUAGGGACCAUAGAUAGCUCAAGGACAGGAUGGGAUGGAGGGAGAGUUGAAGCAGGCACCUUAAAGAAAGCUUGCAUUUGAGAAAGCCAAGAUUCUUGAAUUAACUGAGCUUCCUCUAAGUACUUUACCAACCCACAGACCAUUUGGCUUGUUCUUCAAGGGCAAGAGACUGGAAGACAGAAUUCCCAGGGGACCUCUAAUUGACUCUGGCAGUGACAAACACCAUCUCUCUGUAUCCUUAACCACUCAGGUGGUUGCUUUUCUGACUGCCCCAGGGACCCUGAGGGGUUCCUGGUGUAUGUAUAGGGGACUGACUUUGAGCACAAGAAGCUGGGUGACUGCAAGCUCAUACUUCCAAGAGCCAUCAAAUGGAGCAAGUGGAACUUCUUUAUCACCAAGAAACUCAUAUCAACAGCCUGAGUUCAGACAGCAAGUGAGGUCACAGAGAGAGGGCUGAAUUUCACUUCCUUCUAUGAGGCAGGUUGUACCCAUCUCAGGUUCGGUGCUGGCAGGAAUGGUAGGCUGUGGGGAAGGAUUUGAAGUUGUGGAGAUUAGUGACUCCACACUGAGCUGGGGGACUCUGGGCACUUUGCUGGUUGCUGGACCUCUCCUCUCGGCUAAGCUGUGGUAAGCAGAUAGCUCUACUCUGCUGAGAGGGCAGCUGCAAUGACUAACUUGGGUUUUUCUCCCCCUCUCUCUCCCAGGACACACUCUUACCACAUCGUUGAGCCUGUUUGUUGUGUUGAGCAAGCAGCGGGUGGAGACUAGAGUCUUGGGCGGGGCUUAGCAGGUUUGGAGGGAACCUGGCCAGGCUAGGAUCGCUGGCUUUUGUUUUUGCUGCCCAGCCUGGAGCUCUGCUCAGACUGAGAUGAGAACUUGAUGGUACUCCUCAGGCCAGCAAAGGGGUGUGUGUGUGGGUGAGCACUGUGGGUACAGCCAGUCACAGCGCCCUCUGCCCUCCCACAGCCACUCACAGAGGCUAGUCUUGUUGACAUUUCUCCAGGUACCCUCCGUGCUUGCAGCAGCUGACCAUACCCCUGCUAUGGCUGAGAGUCAGUAGCAGUCCAACUGUGUGACUGUGACCAGCCUGGGUCAGAAGAGGAGGCUGAGGGGAAGGUGGCCCCCAGUGGGCGCAGGGAAGAAAUGGAGAAUCCUGGAACUGCAAGGCAGUCCACAUUUGGGGGUGGGUUGUCACCCUUGGCAAUGCUUUAUCUGUAGGGCUGACUGUCAUCAGUGCCUGAGCCCACUUCUCCACAUAAGAAGGGGGAGCAGGAAAGAAGGAAAGGGAGGGAAGUCCUUCCAGGUAGAGCCUGGGUGGGGGCAGCCUCCCGGAUGCCUGCAUUGCACCCUCACAGGGGAGAUGGAGCCACCCCAGUGUGUGGAGGAGCUGGAGGAUGACGUAUUCCAGCCCGAGGAUGGGGAGCCGGGGACCCAGCCCAGGAGCUUGCUCUCUGCUGACCUGUUUGCCCAGAGCCAGCUGGACUGCCCCCUCAGCCGUCUGCAACUCUUCCCUCUCACACACUGCUGUGGCCCUGGGCUUCGACCCACCAGCCAGGAAGACAAGGCUACUCAGACUCUCAGCCCAGCUUCCCCGAGCCAGGGUGUCAUGCUGCCUUGUGGGGUGACUGAGGAGCCCCAGCGACUCUUUUAUGGCAAUGCUGGCUACCGGCUCCCCCUUCCUGCCAGUUUCCCUGCAGGCUUGCCCCUUGGUGAGCAACCCCCUGAAGGGCAGUGGCAACAUCGAGCAGAGAUACAGAUUGCCCGAAAACUCCAGUGCAUUGCAGACCAGUUCCAUCGGCUUCAUAUGCAGCAACACCAGCAGAACCGAAAUCGCGUGUGGUGGCAGAUCCUCCUCUUCCUACACAACGUGGCUUUGAAUGGAGAUGAGAACAGGAACGGGGCAGGCCCCAGGUGAGGCUGGGCUGCCCCCUUCGCACGGGCACCAUGGAAGGACACCGGCGAGGACUGACACUGCGUCUUGUGAAGUUGUUGUUUUGUGUUUUUAUUUUAAAAAUUUCUCUGUGUACAUAAGACAUACCCAAGCAGGACCUCUUUCCCCGUUCAGGGCCUCGACCAGGAGUGGGGGCCUUUGUCAAACACUGUUGAAGUAGAGGCUCGUGUGUCUGUGACGUGGAACCUCCUAAGGGCUCGGACGAGUAGAUCCUCUGUCAUCGGUUGUUGAAGAUGACCAGAUAGUGAUCUCCCAUGAGUGGACUGUAGUUUUCCCACAGGAACUUAAGAAAUAGGAGGCUGGAUUAGACUUGUGGUUCCACCAAAGCUAUCAGCCUUCCACCGUGAAUGGAGCCCCUAUCCGACGAGUCACACUGCUUUAACCCACCCCAGGGCAUCAGCCAGGGGCUUUCCAGCUGUGCAUGGCAACUUCACUAGGUCGGUCAGCCAGCUCCAUGUCUGGGCUCUCACUGGGCCCAGCCAUCGCCCACCCCAAGGGCUCAGGGAUUCUUGCCCAGCCCCUGUCAUCUCCAGCAGACCUCAGGGAGGGUUGGGUUUCUCCAUGGACCCUCAAAAAGUGCCGCAAAAAUGAACCAACUUCUGGGUAAGCCUCACAUCUGCCUUGGUCCCACUUGGAAGCCCAGGAUUGGUCCUGAGGUGCAGAACCACUGCCCACUCUGGCUGCCCUGGACUGGCUGGGUAUCAACCAUGGAGGAGCCAAAUAGCCAGUCAACGUGGUGUAGCCAGCAGUUUGUGCCUUUGUCAGGUUUUCUUUUGAAAGAGCCAGCCAACAGACUGCGUCCCACCCCCAACAGCAGACUCUAGGGCCGGGAGAGACAGGACCGGACUGUGGAGGUGCUGGGAAACCAGGCGGCCAUCCCACCCAUAAGAGUAAGCCCUAGAGGAACCCAGACCCCUUGGUUUCCUUGGAAACCAGUUACCUCCUCCCUUUUAUCCCCAUUCCUUUCUCACACCUAGUGGGAUCCAGGAAGAAGCCAGCACAGUGGCUUUGUCAGCUGAAAUGUCUUUUAAAGUAACAGACAGUGAUUAGAGUGAGGAACUGUCAAAGCUGGGUGCACAUUUCCCGUCUUCCUUCAGCUUCCAGCCAGGCCAGAAAGGCAAGCUCUGGAACUCAGCAGGAUCACCGCUGCCUCUGAACUCCUUCUUUUCUCUCCCUGCUGUGGCACUAAUGGAGAGAAUUUAAAGCAGCCCUCCUGGCAGCUCUGAGAGCAGACAUGGGGAAUCUGAAAAAGAUUCAGGGAAUCUGUUAACCAGACACCUAGAAAUUAAAUUAUCAUUUUUGCAUAUGUGAGGUUAACAUUGGUGCUAACGGUGAAGCAAGGCCCGAAGAAAAGAUGGCUUCCCUGGACUGAGAAGGCCCCAGGGCUACCCAAGGAAACUGGAGGAGUCCAGAGCAGACUCUCAUAUCUGAACAAGUCCCAGCUCCUCUGAUUGUGCAGAGAGGAGGUCUUCGUUCCUGUUGAAGGACACACUGAUGUGGAUGUACGGUCAGGCACAAGGGCACCGGCAGAGGAAGGUGAUGGAAGCUAGAAUCCAGCCCAUGCUCUGCUCACUAAGUCGUAUGCCCUAGUGUUGGGCUGUGUCCACUUACAGGAAGGAUGCCUUUCCUAAUUUGCACAAAGGUACCCUAUGAGCUCUCAAUGGCUUGAAGAAGGACUUCAAACUGUGCAUCAGCCUUGGUUUUGUUCUGCUUGGAUAUUCUAGAGGUAUUACCUACCUAUUCUUGGUCAGAAUUGUAUUCUCAGGGUGUGUACCAUGGUUUGUCAGCUAAGAAGAUAGGUUCCUUCUUGGGAACAGGCAUGGAGACUGGUGCUGGGAUAGGCUGACCAUUGUGAAGUCCAGCCUUCCCUGUGGGUCUUCGCACCAUUUUUUUGAAUUGCAUGGGACAUGUGUUAUUUUUCCCUCUCCUGGACCAAGGCUGUGACUGGCAGGGUGCCGGUAUACCUCAAGUGGCACGCAUAAGAAAACAGGAUUAUUUUUACCAGCCACUUUUACCCCCUCUUAGCAGACUUUCCAUGUGAGCUGAGUGAGAGCGCAAAUAAAUGGUCCAGGCCUUGGUGCCUAGGCAAAGUCAUCAGCCUCAGAGACCUUGCUGGGCUGAGCAGGAUGUCCAGUGGCCUGUCCUGAGAACUGAGCCUGCAGUCUGAGAAGCUCAGUUGAACAUUGCACCUGGGGCUAGGUAGAGGGUCGGUCUGACUGCACUGUCUCCAUAUUCUAUGAAGCCAGGAACGAAUUCACUAUCCUAAGCAAGCCAGGACCAAAUGUGAAACUCCCCUCCUUCCCCUCCCGCCAGAACCCAGCAGGUAGAAUAGUCCCAGGAGGAAGAGGUUCCUCCUGGCUGGCUGUUUUUAAUUGGUGUAGUGAUCUAGACUGGCCUCUUCCCCCUGUGCCUGGUGACUUGGUCUGAACAUUCCUCAAGUUCAACCUCAGGAGACCCGUCCCUCCCCUGGGCUCCCUCUCCCCAGCCCUGACCCCCAGGAGCUUGGCUGUCUCCAGUUAGGGGGUGGAGAAUCAGUUGGAGAGAGAGUCUGACCUGGCUCCUGACCUGUAACCGACAGAAGACUUAUGGAGCUUUUGUGGUUUGCUGAGGGUAGGGUUCGGGAGAGGGACUGGAAACUCUUCCCUGGUAGGAAUUGCCCUGGAGGGAAGGGAAGCCUGAUGUUCAGGGUCAAAACAACUCUUCUCAUUAAGAACCCCAGAGUAGGGGCUUCUGGAAGGUGGUAGAACUAGGGAGGGAACCCCCUCAGGCCAGCUGUCUGACUCACUCAGACAGUUGUAGGACUCAACUGGGCCUCCUCUAUCUUUGCCUGCUUCAAAGCCUGGACUGGUGGGAGGCUACCCCUGGGGCCUUUUCUUGCUCAGUCCAAGGAUCACCUCCCUCAAGCCCCCAGAGCAAGGGGCUUAUGUGAUAGGCAUGUCCUGAAUGCUCAGAGGGGCCCAGCUGACUUGUCUGUCUGUCUCCAGUGGCCCAGCCUCAUCCAAGGAUGGGUUGGACAUGGCAAGGAGGGACAUAGUCCAGCCAGGGCCUCCUCCACUUGGGGGCUGGGGAGCCACUGUGAUUGUCCUGGUUAGCACACAGAGAGUUCUGAUGCAGUGGAGUGGGGCAAGUGAGGGAUAGCAGAAGCAGGCACAUCGGUUCUGUGGGGGCUUCUGCACAUUGGUGCUGCAGGGCCCCUCUGUGUGUGGGUGGGGACACCUUGGUGAGAGACUGCUCAGGCUGACUCCUUAACUCAUUAGCCUGUGAAGCCUCCUGGGGACACUGAGCAGUGGGUGUCCAAGGCUGGUGGGCACUUUGAGCCUUGAGGGAACAGCAGAGCAAGCCAUAUGCUUCAUAGAUGCGUUAGCCUCUCGGGCUGAAGGUGCUUGGAGCUCUGCAGGCUCCUAGUCUGUGCUGCCCUUCUCUCUGCACAGCAGACCAGCACCUCUCCCUGUUUUGUGAGCAUCGCCCAGCAGGUUGCUCCAUCCCUGGGUCCACAAGGGCUGUGGGGGGAGACCUAGUGAGAAUGUAGCAUUUUGUCCCUCCCAGGUUAGCUGACCUGGGUUCACUGUGCUCUGCCUCUGGGAGAGAGACAAGAGAAGAGAGGGAGGGGAUGGGAACUCAUUGUUUCUAAACCUGUACAGAAUAUUUGGCUGUGUGUUCUUCACGUGCAUAUAUGUGUAUAUAUCUUUGCCUCCAUCGAUUGGUACAGUUUUUAAUAAAACCAUUUAAAGCAAA